GCAGAAUACCAUAGCGUUCGUUUGUUUCCGUGACGUUGUUGUGUUGUAUUUUGGCCCAUGUGUACGGCUGAUUUUUGAAGUAAUUUGUUGUGUAAAGCGAUGUCUUCCCUUUUCAAAAGUCACGAAGGCUUUUGCCCCGAUUGUGGGUCGGUUUUACCUCUUCUUCAAGGUGUUGGUGGAGUUCGGUGUUAUACUUGUAAACAUGAAUUCGGACCAGAAGUCUUUGGCAAAAUGGAGUCAACAUAUACUAUUCAGUUCAACUUACGGCCAUCAACAGAAAUUUACUCUUCUGGAGCUAGUAAAAAGAAGAAUAAUGAUAGUGAACCAGAAGGGCCAGUUGUAGAGAGACGCUGCCCUGCUUGUAAAAAUGAAACCAUGUCUUAUGCCACCCUUCAAUUACGUUCAGCAGAUGAAGGUCAGACUGUAUUCUACACUUGUACAAAAUGCAAGUUUAAAGAGACGGAGAAUUCAUAAAAGUAUUAAUCCCUUAUGUAAUUAUUUAUUUUUGUAUCUUUACCCAUUUUUCAUUAUCUGU